GCCUGUCACUUCACAGUGAGAAUUCCGAAAUCACAGCCUGCGCGACACAGCACACGGCAUGUACGCUCACAAACCGAUGUCACGGAUCCUGUUAAGAGCUUUGCGUUCCUAGUAAGUCUACGGGUCUGAUGUUUUCUCUACAAUCGACAUCUGGGCGAGAAUGCGGUUUCUUAUUUACACAACUUUCUUUGGAUUUUUCCUCAGAACAGGGCUGGCACUGCAGAUCCAGUGCUAUCAGUGCGAGGAGGUUAAGCACAAUGACUGCUCCACCCCAGAGUUCAUCGUCAACUGCACCGUCAACGUACAGGACAUGUGCCAAAAGGAGGUGCUCGUGAAGGAGGAUGGUGUGCAUUACCGGAAGUCCUGCGCCUCCUCGGGCGCGUGCCUCAUUGCCUCGUCGGGCUAUCAGCAGUUCUGCACGGGCAAGCUGCACUCCGUCUGCAUCAGCUGCUGCAACACGCCCCUCUGCAACGGACCCCGCCUAAAAAAGCGCCCUGUCCCAUCUGCCACGCCCCCUGCCAUGCCCCGCACCCCCCUCAGCCUCCUACUCCUUUUUCUACCGCCCCUCCUGCUGACGUAGGGCCUACCCCAUCCCGGACCCAAUCAAUGGGGAGGUGUUUUCUGACAGAACUCUUCAUUUACAGCGCUGAAGAUACGUGUUGAUUUUUAUUAUUAAUUCGUAGUUUUUUUGUUUCCUUAAAUUUGUUGGCUUUACAGAUACUAGGAUGGAGUCCCAGCCAUGUCAACAGUUAGUGUUCCACAAGUACCUUUAGCCUUUGUGUACGGUGACCGCUCCGCUAGCUUAUAGAUGUUCAGUGGUCCUGGUGUUUAGUAUACAGCUGGAGAGGAAAAGGUAGCCCGCCCUUGAGCCCUUGAACGAUCUCCUGGGACAGAUCGACAGGAACAGAACACUGAAAACGACCGCAAUGACUUCUGGCUGUUGUGUUUUUCUGAUGGUUUCACAGAAGCCCUUUCACAGUCACUGAUGGUGGUGAACAGUGACAACGAGGAGAAAAAGAGAAAAGUGGAGAUUUAACAGCAGACAGGCACGGUGGAGACACAGCAGAGUAAUAAAACCGAUAGAGACUGCUGCUCUCACUGAACACACCUUUUUAAUAUUGUUGUCGCAUUGAUAUUUUUUGAAAAUAUGAUAAAACCAAGCAGAUAACAAUUGAAGUACAAAUCAUUUAUUACAAAUAGUAUUAUAAAGAAUAAUAUAAACAAGGGGUUCAGUGCAAUGCAAUUUGUAAAAUAAAUCUAUUUAGUGAAAGUCAUUGCUAACAGAAUGCAUGCCAUUUUUCAUAAGCCACUUCAAGAGCCUUAUAAUCAUGUCUGACAGUGUGACAAGCGCUGUGAUAAACGCUGCAAGAUGGAGGGGCCCUGAUAGCGUUUAAUCAUUUUACGCACAAUCCUAUAGAGAACAAAAGCGACAGGUUUGAGGCUGUCUCUAGGAAACCGGAGCAUCAUACAGCUGCUUUUCAUUCCCUUGCAUUUGGAUCCGUCCUUCUUUGUCUUUUAAAUGUAAAGAAUAUAGAAAUUAGGCUCCCAACAAGGGGCUGACCAUUGGCAAUUCCCACCCAAAUUUGGAAUGGCCAAUCAUCUACAACCGCAGCCACAUUUAUGCUGCUAACCCCGCUGCUGAUUUAGUGUAGAUACCCCAACGUCCACCUCUGAAACUUGUGGUGUCGCCAGAUGUUUUUUUUCACAGCGCAUAUUACAGCUAAGCUUGCUGAAAGCGCAGUCAGAGGAAGGCCUUUCAUAUAUGGCUUCAUACACGUCGAUUGACGUUCACUAGAUGGCAAUGAAUGCAGAUUCCAAUCGAAUUAACCCUCUCAUACCCUGGGCGACGCAAUCUCCAAUUGCCCCUUGCAUUAUGGAGCUGCCAGCCACUGUCACGGCCACAGCAUUGUCACAGUCGCUCCCUUUUCAAAUUGCUGUCAAUAUUAUUUAAACGUUGAUGUCGUUAAAAUUGCUACAUUUACCUCAGGAGAUCAGACAAGAUCUCUUACAUUACCAGAUACUGCACUGGCUUAAACAGCUUGAAAGCAUUUUUAUUGUCAUGAUUAUUAACAUGAAAUUAUUUAUAAAUUAUUAUAUUUUUCUAUAUUAUUUACAGUGUUCAUCCUGCACUUUGUUUCCUUCAUGGACAGUAUCCAGGGGAAGACAUGCUAUAGAGUGGUAUGGUUCAACAGAGCACUUUCUAUCGCUCCAGGACACACAGAGUAGCCUGUUAAACUCACGGGCUAUUCCCACCCAUAUAUCAUGGCUCUGUUGUUUGCAAUGGCAGCUUUUUGUGGCUGGAUUGAAUAAACCCUCACGCUCCAGAGCACAGUAAUGCCCUCAUCUGUCCAGAGCUCAUUUCCAGUGUAGCCCUCACCACCUUGUAUUUUUUCAUUUUUUCCUGUCUGUGGCCCUUAGCUGCUUUUGUGCAGUGGCUCGACAGGAAACACUUGACUGCUUUAAAAAGAAUCUGGGUUUUGUUGCUGUUGCUGUCACCACAUUCAUGAAUGAUUAUUCCUCCCAUUGGUUGGUGGUAACCACUUAAUGGCCUAACACUGAAAAUUUCAGAGUGACAUGCAGCUCAUAAAGCAGGGAUUCUCGUUAUUUGGGCCUGUAACACUGCACCGGACAAAUUUAAACAAGAAACGUGACUAACUAAAAAAUAAAAUAAUUGUUACAUAUGAUAUAAUUCACUUUGGUGUUAAAAGCCAGUCCAGCACUGUUCUUCGAGGACCGCAUCCAUUCCAGGCAGCCAUGCAUUGGCAAAAUCUAAAUGAUUGAUACAUUCCUUUAUGUAUAACAUAACAAGCAAAUAAACACAAAUAAUGCAUAGAAUUGCUGGAGGAAAUGUUUGCUGCAACCAGCUGACAUAUACUGUGUCCACAUAUUUUCAACCUUGGAGACAAUGCAUUUCAUUUGUGACUCCUUGGAGAAACGGCACAUCUCCUUGGAUACUCCUUGGAGAAACCAAUGUUUCCUCGGUAGCUCCAUAGUGAGACUGCACAUCACCUUGGAUGCUCCUCGGGGAAACAAUGCAUCACCUUGGCAUUUCCUCUGGGAAACAGCUCCUUGGAGAGACCUACUCUGUACAUCUUCAGCAGGACUCAGAUUUCACCUAGUGAUGUCUGCACCGUGCUUUGCUCAGAAGACUCUGAGGGUGUCACCAAAUCCUUGUGGUGAGGUGCAGUGUGGCCUUCCAUCUGGGAAGUGGCACAAGUCUUGGGGUCAUCCUUGGCCACGGUGGGCUGGCUGCGCCGAAGGGACCUAAGCAGCAGGGGGCGCACCAAACGGGCAGAGGUGCCGUCCGGAGUGUUCAGGGUCCUCUUGUUGAUGUGCUCGAUGGUCAGCCGGCAGCGCAGCACCUGCACAAAGACUCGGCGAAACUUGCGGGAGGAGAGGUUGUAGAGGAAGGGGUUGAUCACAGAGCUGAGGUAGAAAAAGGUGUCGGCGAUAGGGUGGAGGGUGACGUAGGCCCUGAAGUAGGACAAAGUCCACUCGGAUUUGGGCUUGGCCGCCGACAUCAGCCGACGGAUCUGAUUGGGUAUCCAGCAUCCUGCAAGAGCUACCACAAUUAAACCUGCGAGAAUGAGGAAGAGGGAGGGAAAAGGGAAGAGGGAGAGAGAAGGAGAAAGUAUUAAUUGUUGAAUUAUUUUAAUAAAAAGUUUUUUCAGUUUUG